AUGACGGCCGGCGGUGAAGAGGUGGCGAGCGCCGGCGUCCCGGGCGGUGGAGCACGGCGGCGGCCGGCGGUGAAGAGGGCGCGCCGGGCGGUGGGCACGGCGGGCGGCCCAGACGGACCGGGCAGUGGAAGAGGGCGGCCGGGCGCAGCCGGUGUCGGGCGGUGGAGCACGGCGGGCAGCGGCGCCGCCGGCGGUGGAGAGCGGCGUCGGGCGGUGGAGCAGAGCGGGCACGGCGGUGGAAGGGCCGAGGCGGCAGCCGCGUCCGGGCGGUGGGCGGUGGCGGCUGGGCGGCGGCAGUGGAGUGGAGAGUGGCCGGAGCACGGCGGUGAGAGCAGCGGCGUCGGGCGGUGGGGCACGGCGGCCGGCGGUGGAGAAGCGCCGGGCGGUGGGUGUCGGGCGGUGGAUCAUGGCGGCCGACGAUGGAGGGCGGCCGGAGGCAGCCGGUGUCGGGCGGUGGAGCAUGGUGGCCGAGCAGGUGGAGGCACGGCGGCGGCCGGCGGCGUGGUCACGGCAACCCGGCGGUCGGCCGGUGGAGGCGGCCGGAGGCGGUCGGCGUCGGGCGGUGGAGCACGGCGGCUGGCGACGGAGGAUGGCGAUCGGUAG